GAACAUCCUCUGAAUACGGUGCAGUGAAAUUCGAGAGAUUACCCUCCUUAUACACCUCCAUGACCUGUAUAUUGGGAAUACACCUCCUUUCAUACAAGAAGUCUUUUUGAUUUCAUAGAAGAUACACAUUUGUUUCAAAUUUGAAGAAACCCAUAUUAUAUUAAUAUCAAAUGAGUAUCGUGGCAUACAGAAAACUUAUAACUUCAACACUUAGAAUAUGUGUUCGCUGCCGAUCAACUCAGGUUAGCAAACCUGUCCAACAAUUCUCAACGUUGAAGCCAAGCACAUUAGAUCAAAAAGAAGUUGAUCAUCAUGGAAAAUUAAGUGAAAUAUGGUGGAAUGUUCAUGGAGAAAUAAAAGCACUUCAUUCAUUUAAUCCACUGCGAGUUCAGCUAAUUAGAGAUGCCACAUUGAAUACUACGUCAAAGAAAAUACACACUGGAAGCCCUUUGAAAGAUAUCAGUGUACUUGAUGUUGGUUGUGGUGGUGGAAUAUUAUCAGAGCCAUUAGCAAGAAUUGGAGCCACUGUUACUGGCAUUGAUGCAUCACCUGAACUUAUUAAUGUUGCGAAAACACAUGCAAAUUUAGAUCAAAAUAUUGCUGGUAAAUUAACUUACCUGAACACCUCCAUCGAAGAUCAUUCUAAAUCCAAUCCAUCAUCCUAUGAUGUUGUUGUUGCCUCCGAAAUUCUGGAACAUGUUGCUGAUCAAGAAUUAUUUUUAAAAUGUUGCUCAGAUUCAUUAAAACCAGGUGGUUCUAUAUUUAUAACGACAUUGAAUAAAACAUUAUUUUCAUGGCUCGGUGGGAUUGUUAUUGCUGAAUACAUAUGUCGGCUGGUACCCCGAGCCACACAUGAUUGGAAAAAAUUUAUUUCACCUGAAAAAACGCACUGUUUACUUGAAAAAUGUGGUUGUAGAACAAAAUUAAUUCAUGGAAUAAUUUACAAUCCGUUAAAGAAUGAAUGGUGUUGGUCAAAUUCAACAUCAAUUCUCUAUGCAAUUCAUGCUAUUAAAAUUGUACAGUAAAUUUCAUGUGAAAAAUCCAUUUAUUUUGUGUAUAUUAUGUUAUUGAGAGCGAACUCCAACAGACGACUCAGUAUUAUUGGAAUAGACUAUUAAUAGUAAAUAAACAAAUACGCAAUGACAGAGCUCUAUAAUUAAAGAGGACAUGAUCAAUGAUAUGCCUACUAAUGAAAAAUAUUUAAAACAAUCCAGACACAUUAUUGUUGCGUAAACAAUUAGCAAUAAAAAUAAGUUUUUGAAUAUUA